UGUCAAUGGAGCCAAAACAAGAAGCUUCUCUAUAUCUCUUCAGUCUUUUCCUGUUCUCACUUCUCCGUCCAAUAGCAAAGGAAUAUCCACCGAAUCUGUUCACUAAAUUUACACUGAUUCAAACCCAGUUCAGUUAUAGUAUCCUCAAGGAUUUUUCCUGUCUCAAAGAAUUGGAGGAAUGCUGCAGUAACAUCUUCUCCAAUUGUGUCCCAAUUAGCUUUGAAGAAUUCAACAGGGAAUCCAUCUCCCCCCCGGGGCUUUGUCAGCUGUUUGAAUUGAUUCUUGGGUCUGAAAAUGGAGGGAGGUAGUCCGAGUCGGAGUGGCGAAGAACCCACAUCAUGGGAUGAGCUUUACAAUGUCAAUCUGAUGCCUUCAGAGAUUUUUCUUAAGUUCAGAAAAGAAAUUGAGAGCUAUCGAGUUGGUGUUAACUUGGAGUUUUACAAUGCCCCAUACAAUGAGUAUCUGGCUAAGCUGGUUUUAAAGCCUUUAGCCCCUGAUCGGAGAUGGAAAUUCAUAUACGAGCCUUUGCAUCAUGAAGUGCGUCUUCUUUCCAAGAAAAUCCCAGUGACAAAAUUUCUGAAUCUUCAGGUUGGAGUAGGCCAUAGCUUUCAGUUGCAUGCAACUGGUUGGAAAUGGAAGCUCACUACUUGUUUCGGCGGAGAUGGUGUUUCCAGCAUCCGGAAUAAAACAUCACUCGGAUUAUGUCCUGGUGUGGAUUUCCGUUUUGGAUGGAAAGCAGAUUAUGUUCUUCCAGAAGUUACUGGGGCUUUAGGCACUGGUGAACCGUUGUUCAAUAUGAAUUCUGGACGAUUACAAGCGUCACUAGAUAGAGUGGAGGCAAUCUUUAGCCAAUAAACACAAUCUUCUAACCCUGUUGAAUUUGGACAUCGCUCAAUCUCCCUUCUGUACCUUCAAAUCAUUCUUCUUUGAUCGUUGAUUUAUCUGCGCACUAUGAUAUGGGGAUUGGACUAUGGAGCUGACUGAUCUUACUUUGCGUGUAAACUCUCCAUUUGCCGAGGAAAUCAUGAAUCACCUUGAGAUCUCAUUUAUGGACAUAUAGGGACCUCAAGGGACUUCAUCGUUCAUCAACCAAGUGGGAAGUUAUUUUCUUUUUGGUUAACCUCUCAUGUUAAGUCAUCAAAAUUUUCCAUCUUAAUUUUGUUUUUCUAACUAUCAUGCUACAAUUAUGUUCUUUCCUUGUAAGCAAUACAUUUCUGAUAUCAUUUCUUGCUUUGUAUUUUUUUGGGAGAUGGGGGCUGGAAGUUGAAGGGAGAAGAGCUAAACACAAAUGUGUUCUGGAUUGUGACACACUGUUGAAUGUCCUAUUAAGAGUUGGCAAGGGGAAGAGUCUCCUUUUUACACUGAGAAUCCUUUAAUUGUUUGUUUCAA